AUGGCAGCCACGCGUCUUGCACCUGAUUUGCACUUUGCGGGCGUCCAAGAGCACCCUGUAUCGGCUUGCUGUAUUGGCAUCCGGAGCAUCCCGUCUGAGGUUUUGACGCUCAUAUUCAUCCAAGCUUAUCGAGACCACGAAGGCACCCGUCACCGCGGCGUGGUGGCGACACUCACCGUGCGGAGAGUGUGCAAAUUCUUCCGCGCAAUUGCCGACGCGACCCCGGAGCUUUGGUCCUACAUGACCACCCACUAUCCUCUAGCAUUCGUGGAAACCGCGCUAAAUCUUUCGCGGCACCACCCUCUCUCAGUAGAGAUCAACGUACGGGAUACCCUUUUCCGGCAGAUUUCGGAGUGCAUCCGGCCGCAUUGGAGCCGGUGCCGAUAUCUCACAUUCGAUGGAGUCGACUGGGAGGGCGUUUGGCCCGCUUUCGUUGAAGCCCCGCAACCGGGUAUCGUUACGAGCGCGCCGAAGCUCACACGGCUACUUCUCAAGUCCAGUAUGCUUACUAGCAACUCAGCAAUCCUCCAAUCUGCAGGCUUGACGGAGCUUGUACUGGAAAACUGCCACCUAGAGUGCGAUUUCCAUACACUUUUGCAGACACUGGGACACUUGCCUACUUUGACUUCGUUAUCGCUCGAACUCAACCCUAUCGACACCCUCCAGCUUCCUCAGGACUGGGAUGUCUCUCAUCCAAAGGCGAUGGUGUCACUCCUCUCCUUACGAGAGCUUUCUCUAUCGAUCCCUUUCAAGCACGCCCUCUACGCCACAAUCAAUUUGGAUAUACAAGACAUCUGUAACGUCAGCAUCGACGCUGGGCUCUGGGACAUGGGCGCGAUCUCGGCGCCCGUCCUUUGCGAAGGGCUGGCUGCCGCUUUUCCGGACCGCUUGCGCCGGAUGUUUCCGGACAACAAUCCGGAAUGGGGUUGUAAGGAGCUACGCAUCACAAUCAAUGAUCACGACUCACCUAUGGAGAUGUUCGCGGAGGUCCGGCAAUCAAAUCGCGACUCAUCAGAGAAGAGGUUCUUUCGCUUACACAUCGAUACCGACUACAGCCGCUUCGAGGGAUACGACGAGCUCGGAGACGCAUUCCGAACCAUCGUUCGAUGGGACGCACUUCGCAAUGUUGAUGUUUUCCGAGGGGAAGGCUUCCCGAAACGCUGGGGCUUGUGGACGAAUGUGUUGGAAGCGUUCCGCUCCGUGACGUCCAUACGACUGGACGGCGUCGUCGGGGAGUUUCCCCAGCUUCUUGCAACAAUAUCCGGGGCUGAUUUCCCACCUUCUCUCUCCGAGGUGGUUCUGCUGCAUAACUCGUCGAUCGGGGAUGCCAACUACGAGUCUCUUGUACACGGUCUCCGCCGAGCGUGUCCGCCGUCCAGCCAUCCCUCUCAAAGGACGCUCGCACUCGAAAGCGGCACUACCAUAUAUAGGGAUGGGAAAGUUAAGGAAGAGCAUCUGGUUCGCUGGGAGACGCGGUUUGAGUGUGUCGUAAGUGACGAGCCGGCAUUGGAAUAG